ACGUGAUCAAAAGGGCUAUUUAAUCCUAUGGCGGCAGUAAAGAAAUUGCACAUUGUUCGACAGACACUUUGGUGGACUAGCGUUUUCUGACUGCUUAACACCGCUUCUGUGAUUGAAGAUGACCACCAACAGGAAAAUGAAACGCACAGAUGUGGCUUCAGAGAACAUAAUGAGCUUUUUCCCUGGAACGACUGCAGGAGGAAAAUCAGAACGUAGAACACUCCAAGUCCUGCAGCCCUCUGCAGUGAACGGGAAUCUUGGAAGAGUGCGAGAGAUUGGAAAGACCGUUCCUAAAAGGAAACUGUGGGGCGCGGAACAUGCGAAGGCUUCGAAGAGGAGUAAAGCUGAGGUUGCCGUGCUAAAGGAGGACGCAGAGAACGAGAACCAGUCUGAGGGGAUGACAAAGCAGGCUUACGAGCUGUUGGUCAAAGAAACCCCGCCGUCCACAUACUGGAAGGAGGUGGCAGAGGAGAGGCGGAAAGCCUUGUAUAACGUCCUGCAGGAGAACGAGAAGUUGCACAAAGCCAUCGAAGCAAAAGACGAAGAGAUCUCCAAGCUGCGGAGCGAGAACGAGGAGCUGCAGGAGCUGGCCCAGCACGUCCAGCACAUGGCGGACAUGAUCGAGAGGCUAACCGGGAAGGGUCCUGACAGCUUGGAAGACGUGCGAGACCUCUCCUUUCUGGCAAAGGAGGAUGAUGAUGAUGAGGAGGAGGAGGAAGAGGAAGAGGAGAGUGAAGAUGAGUUCAGCAGUGGUGAAGAGGGUUACUCUGAAUCAGAGGAGGAAGAUGAAGAUGACUGCGACAGAGAUGGUGCAGAUGAUCAAUAAGCUGACUGCUUGUCCCAGGGUUGAGGACUCAAUGGAGACUAACUUUAAACAUUUUGGAGGUCCACUGAGCCUUUUGGCUUUGUACUGCCUUGAAGCUUGUUCCUGCUUUGUACAGUGAAUUUUUUUUUUUGUAUUUAUUUUUUAAAAGUUUGCCCAUCACUGCCAUGGGCAAAGUGAUGCCAUGUUAGUUCCAUAGUUUUCUGAUGGUUUAAAUUCCACGACUGCCUUUUUACAUGGUUAGGAUUUUUCCCUUGGUCUUAUUUGCUGAACUAAAAUUUGGAUGCUAUAAUUUUAACAUAAGGGCAUUGAAGUGUCAUGUGAGUUUACCGAUUUGAUUAUUGCAGUGUGACUACUGUUCAAUACGAGGAUUGAUCAGUCAAACUUCAACUGUGCAGUUUUAAUGCAUGCUACCUGUACAUAUGUAAUCUAGCGGACUGUACUGUAAUUAAACUCCCUUAUUUUUACAAAUCUGA